GCACCACAACUACAGAGACCUGAGCAGCAACUACAUGGAGGCCUUGUGGAUGGUCUCCGUCACCUUCUUGUCCAUUGGGUAUGGAGAUGUGGUCCCUCACACCUACUGCGGCCGCAGCAUCUGCCUCCUGACGGGGAUAAUGGGAGCCGGAUGCACAGUCCUGGUUGUGGCUGUGGUUGCCAGGAAGUUGGAGUUAACCAGAGCUGAGAAGCAUGUUCAUAACUUCAUGAUGGACUCCCACAUCUCCAAACGGAUAAAAAUUGCUGCAGCAAAUGUGCUGAGAGAGACUUGGCUUAUCUACAAGCACACUAAGCUGUCAAGAGAACGGGACCACACCAGAGUCCGCAUGCACCAGAGGAAGCUGCUCCUGGCCAUCCACCAGCUGCGCAGAGUGAAGAUGGAGAAGAGGAUACUUGCAGAUCAGGGCAACACACUUGUAGAUCUCUGCAAGAUGCAGAGCCUGAUGUACGACAUCGUUGCGGAGGUGCAGGGCUGCAGGGCGGAGCUGGACUCGCACAUCCACAGCCUGGAGAAGCACGUGGAGGAGCUGAGGGAGGGCUUCAGGAGCCUGAUGCCGCUCCUCUCCAGCACGCUGUCCACGCAGAACUCCUCCAUCAGACACCUGCUCCGGGAGAGGGAGGUGAAGAGCGAGGGCGCGAGCGGAGCGGACAAGUAG